AGUAAGUUCAAUUUCGAAAGAGGGUGCGUCUGUAGAAAAAAAUGGUGCGCUAAGAAGAUCCUAAUCCAAAUUCUGUUUUUGCUUUGGGACUGAUGGCAGCCCAUUUCUUCGAAGAAUCAACGCGGAGAGAGAGAGACAGAGUGAGUUGAAGGUCAAAGUUUUAAAAGUGUUCGCAACGGCACAUGCCAGCAAGAGCCGUUCACGAAACGCCAAAGAGACAGAGUGUAUUGUCGGUUAAGUAAGUCGAGGCCGAUAAAUUUGAAAAAGAGGUAGAAACAUGAAUCUUGAAUUCACAUUGAUUCACAGCCCAAUUCUGAAUUCAGGGUUUUGAAGAUCCACAGCUUUUUAUUGCAUUCUAAGGUGCAUUUUUUACUGUUCUAUAUAUUUAGCUAUCCAUCUUAUAUUCUCUUACAUGUAAUCUCUAUGUUGAUGCGUUGUUUGAUUCAUGAAUUCUUGCUGUUGAUGUGAUCGCGAGUCAUAUUCAUUGUUUGGUUUGUCAUUAUUUCCUUUAUAAUGCCUAUUUUGAUUUCUUCGUUUUCUUCUUUUUCUUCAUGUUAAUAUUGAUUCAGGUGAAUUACCCUUCUUGAAAUUCAGACGUAUUUGUAAUUUUGUAUUUUUUCCGGAGUUGUUAGAGAAACGUUGGCAUCUGAUUGGGGUGAAAAAGUUUCCGUAGUUUCUGUAUUGUCAAUGAAGUCCCUAAAUAAGAGUAAAAACGUUUUGAAAUUCCAAAAUAGGAGUAUCAUGUUUUUAUUCCCUAAAUAAGAGUAAAUAAAACGUUGUGAUCUGCAAGCCGCUGUUAGUGGGCAAAUCCUAUCAAAAUAAGAUUACCAGUCAAUUAGUUGUGAUUGAUCGAAUCCUUUCAAGACUUUUCCGGUUAAUUUGGAGUAUUUCUCGGUUUCUUCCAUCAUCUUCUAGAAUUUGGCAGCAAAUCAUUGUUGAUUUCUUCCUUUAAUUGUAUACUUGGAUCUAUAUUCCCCCCUUUCUCAGUUUCUGCUUCAUCUUCUUCUUUUCUUUCCUCCCACAUGUGCUAAUGAAUUAGAGGUUAGAUAUUUAUUUUAAAAUUAGCUUGAUAACCUUUUACUUAAAGAUGGGAAUAAUUGGACAUCAGGCUUGCAGCUCAUUUUUGGUGAUCUUGGCACAAGACUAGAUUGAUGUGCAAUGCAUAGAUUUUGUAAUGAUCUUCAGCCAAGGUCUUUGGAGAAAGCAUUCUGUGGAAAAUAUACUUCAUCAAGGAUUUCUCUUCUGACUCUUCUGGCUCUUCUACUGUGGGUACUUGUCUUCGUUUUAAAUUUGUGCAUUAGCCAUGGAGACAUGGAUAAAGAUCCAGGAUCUGGGGAGCAUCAGUUUGGUAGUACUCAAUAUGCGGGCGAAGAUAAACUUGUGUAUGGAAGAGGAAGCCAUUCUGCUUCAUCUGCAGAUCAAAAUCCCUCAGAGGGGAUCCUUGAUUCUGAAGAGUUGAUCAGUGUAUCGUUUGAACAAACCGAUGACACCCCAAGUGAACAAACCGAUGACACCCCCAGUGAAUCAGAGAACACAAAGUCAGACAAGGGGAAAUCAGAAGUAAUAACUAAUCUAGAAAAGGAAUUCAAGUCUGAUAGGUUUUCUCAGUCAAUCACUCUGAGUCUUGAUGAGUUCCGAAACAAAGCAGUCAAUACAAAAAUACGAGAUCUAAAUGAUCAGACCGGAAGUGUCACACAUAGAGUGGAACCGGGAGGAGCAGAGUACAACUAUGCUUCUGCUUCCAAAGGGGCUAAGGUCUUAGCUCACAACAAGGAAGUCAAAGGUGCUUCCAAUAUCUUGAGCAGAGAUAAGGACAAGUAUCUUAGAAACCCUUGUUCUGUUGAUGAUAAGUAUGUUGUGAUAGAACUAUCAGAAGAAACUUUAGUAGAUACGAUUGAGAUCGGCAAUUUCGAACACUACUCUUCCAAUCCAAAGGAUUUUGAACUUCUUGGUAGUCCUAUUUAUCCAACUGAUGCAUGGAUCAGUCUCGGCAAUUUUACUGCUGGAAAUGUCAAACAUGCUCAAAGGUUUGUACUUGCAGAACCAAAAUGGGUGAGAUAUGUGAGACUGAAUCUUCUUGGUCAUUACGGAUCAGAGUUCUACUGUACGUUAAGUGUCCUGGAAGUGUAUGGAGUUGAUGCUGUGGAGAAGAUGCUGGAUGAUCUUAUUUCUGUUCCAGAGAAGAAGUUUGUUUCUGAUCAAACAAACAAUGAGCAGAAACCUAUGCUUGAAGACAGUCAUUUAGAAAUUGACACUGAACUUGAAAACAACUCUGAUACUGUCAAGCCUAUGGCGAUUACGGCUGUAAAUGUGCCUGAUCCUGUUGAGGAGAAUCGCCAUCCACAACUAAACAGGAUGCCUGGCGAUAGUGUUCUGAAAAUCCUAAUGAAGAAAAUUCAAUCUCUUGAUAUAAACUUAUCUGUCCUUGAGCGGUAUCUAGAAGAACUGAAUUCUCGAUAUGGAAAGACUGUUGCCAUAUUUGACAAAGAUUUAUUACAGAAAGAAGCCCUUCUCGAGAAGAUCAUAUCAGACAUUAAGAGUUUUUCCAAGAACCAUGAUGCUGUGAGUAAGGAGGUGAAUGAUCUGUUGUCAUGGAAGUCCAUUGUUUCCAUUCAGCUGGAAAAGAUAAUGAUGGACAAUACUAAUCUCAGGUUGAAGGUGGAAGAGGUUCACCAGAGACAAGUGUAUAUGGAAAGUAAAGGCAUUUUUAUUUUUCUAAUUUGUUUAAUGUUUGGGUUCAUAGCAGUUUUGAGGAUCAUUAUAGAUUUUAUUUUGAGCAUUUAUAGACCUGAGAGCUCCAGGAAUUUUUUUAAUAAAGACCAUUCCUGGAUUUUUUUGUUACUCAGCUGUACCAUCACUAUUAUCAUCCUAUCCUUAUAGAUUAUAAUUUAAUUAAUUAUUUCUU